UACGUUGACUAAAUCAGUUUUCCCUUACCCAUCCAGUAAUAAACAACAAAAUAUAUUUUUUCGAUUUUUGAAACAUUCAAAAAAUUUUCCAUGGAUAAACUAAAAACUUCUGCAAUGGACGAUUUUGGGUCGGCGACGUGCCACAGCCGUGGCGAUAUGGUGGAGGUAUACGAAAACGAAACUCGCGUUGUCUGGCUGAACCCAAAUCAGCGAUCUGCAUCCGGGAAGAAGGUGGCCAACAUAUUCGUUGAAAAUUCUAAAAAAAUAGCAAUGAAGCAACUGAAAACUAAAGUCUCUUGGCAACGUACUGCCCACGGGACUUACCAACGAAAACUGGUGAUCGACGACAAGGCUCUGGAAACGAAAACUGGAGACCUGGCCGUGGCUUCCAAGGAUUCGAACUGCUGUGGAGAUGCGGGAUUUUUGAGUGACAAAAAUCUGGACAACAAAAUGCAGAAGAAAGUGUAGUGCGCCAUGCGGAGAAGAAACCUGGCGGGGGCAUGUCUGCGUCGACCAAAAAGUCCUCUUCCAAAAUUGUUUAAUUCUUGCAGUAAUUAUUUCAAACGCUGUGCCAAUCAGAAAGUAUCCGAUUAAAGCACAAGCGUAAACUAUA